AUUUUCAAAUUGAAAUAGAUCUGGCGAAGCUGAGCGCAAUCUAUUGUUGUUUACAAAAAGUAUAGCUGGUUGCGCGAUCUUGAGUUGUGUCAGUGGUUGUUGCCAGGUUUUUGUUAUGUUCUAGCAAUUCCACGAUGGACUCCACCAGGUUUAAGGUGAACUGCUUGCGGCAGGACAUCACCCAGCACAAUCUGCAGUUGAAGGCGCUCAUCCAAGACAUCAAUGCUUGUGAAGGCCCUCUGGCGGAGCUCAAGAAUCUAAAUGGCGCGGGACGUUCGAAAAUAUCGGCGCUCCGCAAGUUUAUCGACAGCUACACAGACAUCGCGAAGGAUAUCCGUGACGAUGAGCUGCUGCGGGAGGUGGUGCUAUACAGGGAGCAGCUGUCUACAUCGAUGGACCACUUCAAGGAGGCCAACAUAAAGAGCAUGAAAACUAUUGAAGCGAGGAUGAAGGAGAUGCUGAUGAAGAAGGUGAAUGUCGAGGAUGGCCUUAGGAUGCGACAGAAGAGGGAUAAGGAGGGAAUGGCGAAGAUGAGUUCGAGCGUAACAGAUCAAUUGUUGUCCAUCAGUAGGCAACUAGCGGACACGACUAAGAGGAGUGCAGCAACUUUGGAUACUCUUGUAAUUUCAUCGGAUAACGUCGUUGGUACUCAGGAAGAGCUUAAAAGCACCUCCGGUACAAUAACGCAAUCCGGGAAAUUACUUGCCAAGUACGGACGUCGCGAAUUUACAGACAAAAUCCUGGUUUUCUUUGCAUUUGCGUUCUUUGCUGCUUGCGUCAUUUACAUCGUCCAGAAGAGGGUGUUUUAAAUCUUAAAAUCGUGUAGGAAAAUUAAAGCAGGAUUCCACUUUUUCCGGAUGUAAAUGGUAAGGAUACGUUAAUUCUUGCUCAGACGUCAUGUAUUUUUUUGUUGUUUAUUAUAGUUAUUAUUAUAAAAUAAACACCUCCGGAAUUG